GCUAGGUAGAAACUGCUUUUCAGUUUGAGAACCAAAAAAAAACAAAGUAGCUAGAGAAACUACUAAGAUGGCAAUUCCUGAAGCCCCACUACUAGGGUGUUCUGAGAAGGGAAUCCCACUAGUUGGUUUUGGUACAGCAGAGUACCCUUUAGGUGCCUCCGGUCACAGCAUGAAAGAGGCAAUCCUUGAAGCUAUCAAAAUUGGAUACAGACACUUUGACUCAGCUGCUCUUUACCAGUCGGAAAAGCCUCUAGGAGAGGCCAUCAAGGAGGCUCUCAGCCUUGGCAUUAUCAAGUCCCGUCGCGAGCUCUUCGUCACUUCCAAGCUUUGGUGCAGUGACGCCCACCGUCACCGCGUUCUCCCUGCCUUGCAGCAAACACUCGAGAACAUAGAGUUGGAAUAUGUUGAUCUAUAUUUAGUACAUUGGCCAGUGAGUGUGAAACCAGGGGAAUAUGAAUUGCCAGUUAAGAAGAAGGACCUUGUUCCCAUAGACAUGAAGGCAGUGUGGGAAGGCAUGGAGGAGUGUCACAGGCUUGGCCUCGUAAAAUCCAUUGGAGUCAGCAACUUCUCAUGCAAGAAGCUUCAAGAACUGCUUGCCGCAGCCAAAAUUCCACCCGCCGUUAAUCAAGUAGAGAUGAACCCACUCUGGCAACAAAAGAAGCUGAGAGAGCUGUGCAAAGAAAAGGGUAUAAUUGUCACAGCUUAUUCUCCUUUGGGAGCAAAAGGAACACUAUGGGGUAAAAACUGGGUAAUGGACUGCGAGGUGCUGCAAGAAAUUGCGAAUCAGAAAGAAAAAACCGUUGCUCAGGUUUGUUUGAGAUGGGUGUACGAGCAAGGAGUGAGUUUGCUAGUGAAGAGCUUCAACAAGGAAAGGAUGAAAGAGAACUUGGACAUAUUUGAUUGGAAACUAAGCGCGGAAGAGUCCGCAAAGAUAAGUCAAAUUCCGCAGCGCAAAGGAUUUCCUGGUGAGGAAUUCAUUUUUGAAGAUGGUCCUUACAAAUCGCUCCAGAGUCUUUGGGACGGCGAGAUCUGAUCAUUAUACACGUUUUGCUAGCUCUUAAUCCCAACAUUAUAUAUAUAUGUGUGUGUGUGUGUGUGGUGUGUAAUGUCUAUGAGAGCACGUGUUUUAAUUUUCUCGACUUGUACUUUUCUUGCCAAUGUUUUUAUGUAUGGUGUGGCUCUGUUUGGACAUUAUAAAUAACUUACAUGACUAUACAUUAUACGUAA